UAUCUUGAGGUUGACUUGCCGGCCCGGCCGAUUCAAAUUUUCAUCAGCGUCAGAUAUUUUAAGAUCAGGUGGAUUACUUGCAGAAUCCGCCAUUUCUCUGGAGUCAAUUCCCGAUUAAUCCAUUUCCAUUGGCAAAUUUUGUUUUCGUUAUCAGAUUUCCCCAAAACCCACCAAUCGUUUACCUGUGCACCUGAUAUUGGACGAAUCUGUUCUUCCCCAAUAUUAAAAUGGAAAUCUCAGAAAACCCAUUUGAAUAUUCUCUGGAGUCAAUUCCCGAUGAGUCCCAGCCCACUCAGUUUUCUUCAACCUAAAAGUUGGUGCUCCAGAUCCGCCGUUCAUGCGAUUGGAUUUGUGGGUCUUGAUGUGAUUUCUCAGAUUCUCAGUUUCCCUCUGAUUUUGGAUUGGACCCUCCAACAAUUCUGGAAGACAUGAAGAACAAAAAAAUAGUUGGGGUCUCUAUUUCUUUGAUUCUCAUCAACAUGGCAGCUAUCAUGGAACGCGCCGAUGAGAAUCUCCUACCGUCGGUUUACAAGGAAGUUAGUGAAGCUUUCAAUGCCAGCCCAUCUGAUCUAGGAUACCUUACAUUCAUACGGAACUUUGUGCAGGGAUUAUGUUCUCCCUUGGCAGGUGUUCUAGUCCUUAACUACGACCGUCCUACGGUUCUCGCUAUGGGCACCUUUUGCUGGGCCUUUUCGACUGCUGCAGUCGGUAUCAGUGUCGAUUUUAAGCAAGUUGCAUUCUGGAGGGCCCUGAAUGGCUUUGGCUUGGCUAUUGUGAUUCCAGCACUCCAAUCUUUCAUUGCUGAUAGCUAUAUGGAUGGCGUACGGGGUACGGGAUUUGGCUUGCUAAGCCUUAUUGGUUCCUUGGGCGGUAUCGGAGGAGGUGUCCUCGCAACGGUUAUGGCUGGUCAACAGUAUUUUGGUAUAGAAGGAUGGCGCUGCGCCUUCAUUCUGAUGGCUAUAUUGAGUGCAAUAAUUGGUUUCCUCGUUUACUUGUUUGUAGUUGAUCCUAGAAAAACAAGCAUCAUCCAAGAGAGUUCAGAUAGGGAUAGUUUGAUCGAUCGGAGCCCGUCUAGUUCAUCAUCGAUAUGGUCUGAAUCUUGGACUGCAAUGAAAGCUGUUAUGAGAGUGCAUACAUUUCAAAUCAUUGUGCUGCAGGGCAUUGUGGGAUCACUGCCGUGGACAGCCAUGGUGUUCUUCACUAUGUGGUUUGAACUGAUCGGUUUUAGUCAUAACAGUACUGCGGUUCUCAUCAGUCUUUUUGCGGUUGGGUGUGCAAUGGGGUCUCUCGUUGGCGGUCUAAUCGCAGAUAGGUUGUCAAGGAUCUAUCCUCAUUCAGGUCGAACCAUGUGUGCUCAAUUCAGUGCUUUUAUGGGCAUACCAUUCUCAUUGUUCCUCCUCCGAGUUAUACCGCAGUCGGUCGAUAGCUAUUUCGCAUUCGCUGUCACUCUCUUCUUGAUGGGCUUAACCAUCAGCUGGAAUGGCUCUGCUGUCAAUGCCCCCAUGUUUGCUGAGGUCGUCCCAACCAAACACCGAACCAUGAUAUACGCAUUCGACCGUGCAUUUGAAGGUUCGUUUUCAUCAGUUGCUGCUCCUCUGGUUGGUAUUCUCUCAGAGCAAAUGUUCGGUUACGACGACACAGCUAGAGCUUCAUUACCGAAGGCUCUUGCAUUAUCCAAGGGGCUUCUUACAAUGAUGGCAGUCCCUUUCGGCGUUUGUUGUUUGUGCUACACCCCAUUGUAUAAAUACUUCAGGCUCGACCGCGAAAACGCUCGAAUGCAGAGUUGGAAAGGUACCAAACCUAUUGACGACCUUUGAGGAAGAACUGUGUAGGAAAUAUAUUGUAAUUCCAUUGCCAAUGUGAGAUUUUUUCCCACCUUUUAGGCCAUUUUUUUUUUCCUUUUAGAAAUUUCUGCAUAUGAACAAGAUUUAGCCCUUUGAGUUAAAUUGGGCAUUUUGUUGAGAAUCAUAAAGGAUUAGAGACUCUUCAUUUCUGUAUAGCUAAGAUUCUUCAAUCUGUUUGAUUCAAUAAUAUGAUAAAACGGAGGAUUAUUUGCUUA